GUCAAAUUUUGCUUCUGGGGUCAGAAUACUUGGAAGGAUUAUUCUUUGAAACACCUGCAGUGGUCAAAAUGUCCACCGACCCCCUCCCAUCCUGGAUAAGAGAACUCCGCCUCUCAAUCAAGGAGUCCUCUGAGCGGGGGUUGAUUGUUUCUACGAAAUGGGCAACAGACAUGCUCAACGCUAUUCCGCCUGACCGGCGGCGAGCGGCAGGUGGCGGGCCCGAGGACCUGAGUAUGCGGAUGCAGAGUGCAGACAUCUCCGACCCAGAAGACCAGGAGGAGGAAGACUUCUUUACCUACGCCCGGCAAGUGUUCGAUGCGAAGGAGUUCCAGCGCGUGGCGACGAUCUUGCGGGACUGCGAGAGCCCGAAGGCCGUCUUCCUCCGGCUGUAUGCGCGGUAUUUGGAGAGCGAGAGGGUGGCGCAGUUGCAGUGGUGGAAGCUCAGCACUUCGCGAGAACAGCCGCCCGCACCAAUCAACGACGACCUUCACGAGUUGUUGGAGUUGACGGGCAAGCCGACGGACCCAUGGAUACUCUUCCUGCAAGGAAUUAUCUACUACCGACUAUCGCGCCGCCAUGACUGCAUGCGCGCCGCGCUCGCAUCCGUCGCCACUCGCCCAUGGAACUGGUCCGCCUGGGAGCUGCUCUGUUCCGCCAUCGAGACGUAUGCUGAGCUCGACCACGUCCUCGCCACCCUCCCCCUCGACCCCAAGCACCCAAUGUCGAUCUGCUUCCGCGUCAAGGUCGCGAACGACUUCUAUAAUUCUGGCCGGGGGGACUUUAACGCGGUAUGCGCUUUGCGGAGGAUGUAUUUCUGCAAUAGUACGUGGCUGGCGGGGCAGGCGGCGCGCGUGCUGUUGAAUACGAGAGACCUCGACGACGCCGAAAAGCAGUUUGACUCCAACCUCGCCGCCGAACCGUUCCGGCUAGACGACAUCGACGCGCACGCCAGCACGCUAUGGCUUGCGAACAAGAAGGAGCGCAUCGCGGAGCUGGCGGCCCAUUUCGCGGGCGCGCCGCAGGACAAGCCCGAGUAUUACUGCCUUAUGGGAAACCACUACUCCGCACGAAAAGAACACGAGAAAGCGGUCCGCGCCUUCCGCAAAGCGACGUAUCUCGACCGGACGUAUGGCGCGGCGUGGACCCUUAUGGGCCACGAGUACUACGAGAUGGCCAACUACCAUGCGGCCAUCGAGUCGUAUAGGCGGGCGAUUGGCGUGAACGCGAAAGACUACCGCGCGUGGUCCGGCCUCGGUCGCUCGUACUCGGCGCUGAAGCUGCAUAUAUAUGCGAUUUAUUAUAAUAGGAAGUCUACGGAGAUCAAACCGGGCGACGCGCGCUCGUGGAUGGAGCUGACGGCGGCGUUCGAGGAAGUGAGCAAAUACCGCGACGCAGCCGCCUGCUGCCGCCGCGCCAUCGGCCUCGACCCAGACCGAGAGAACGGCAUCAGGCAUCGCUACAAGCUGGCCUGGUACCACAAGCGCGCGGGAGAUCACCAGCAAGCGUUGGAGACGUACCUGGAGAUCAUCAGGAUUUGCAGAGAGAACUACAACCUCAUGCGCCUGAAGGAGAAUAUUCAGUCUAUCGUCGCCUUUGCCGAGCUGCAGAUGACGCAUGAGAGCUCGUUCGGCAACAUCGUCGACGCGUAUAUCAUCCUCAAGAAUGCGCCCAAUCCUGAGGACGUCCCCCUCCCCCGCGCUACUUCCAAUGACCCUUACGCGGCCACCGAGGCCAUCAAGCGCCAGCGCGAAGGCCAAAUGUACAUCAAGCAGUACAUGAAGGAGAACCCAAAGGAGUUCCAAAAGGUGCGCGACCUGCUCGCCCGGCUCGAGGGAUCGAUCUGGCGGCUGUCGGCGGAGAGGAAGCAGGAACUGAGGAGGCGGUCGCUGUUGAAUGGGAUCCCGGGGCUGAAGGUGAAUCUUGUGUAGAGGGUGGGAGGAGGAGGAGUGGGAGGGUUUGGAGAGUUGGGAGGGGUAUACUUCUCUUGUAUUCGUAUGCAAAUUCCAAAAGAAAUCUUCGUGCACUUCUUCCAUCUCUCCUUCAUCGGUAUCUUCAGUGUACACCGAUAGCAACCCCCUGCUACAAGUUCCCCCCUACGCCAACGAGAGACGGUACGAGUAAAUCUGGCAACAGCAAUUAUGCUACAGGUCGAAUAGUGCG